UGUGAAUUCGCAUUCUGAUGCCCAAGACCAGUACGGUUUUAAACAUGGUCGUCUUCUGAUGGAUAAACUGUCACUUUUGUAUUUCUUGUGGGUAUCUGUGUCAUUGGAUUGUUUUUGAACCUAGGAUACAAGAUGGCGAAUGUCAUUCUGAUACUGACAGUUGCAGUCCUUGGGGUGAUAAGAUGUGUAGAUUCCAACUAUGUUUUUUCCCCGAGCAGCGGCUGCAUGGUUCUUUACAAAAACGAGCAUGCUUACGGAGCUGGCAAGCUACAGAAGUGUACGUCACCUAACAUAUGGAACACUUGGACGUCUGCAGAGUGCAGGGACCUUUGCUCGCGGACGAAAGACUGUCUUGCUGUCGAUUAUGUUGGCCAGGACGAGGCGUGUUUUAUGCAUACACGAACUUUUACUCGUACAAAAGCCUCUACUGGGUACUCUCAACCUGAUACUGUGGCCCAGUAUGCCAAGGACCCGGCCAAGAAUUGCGGAACGAUCCACGAGAGAAUAAUUCUCAAUGAGGAAACGUUAUACGGAGGAUGCGGAAAGAAAUGUCAUAACAUAGGAACAAUAGAUAACAAAUUCAAUUGUAAGAAAAUCAGUGACUGCCGUGAAAGCUCCAGCGGAUGGGUAAAAGGAGUGUACAUGUGUGACUAUUGUACGUGCGACUGUGAAAAAGAGCAGGUAGAUGGAGACAUCUUUACUGAAGAGAGGGAUGAAGUCUUUAAUGAAGUCGAUCUGUAUGGUACAUGCAUGAAUACGUGCCCUUACACAUCAGGUUUGGUUAGAACCAAUUUCAAAGGUUGUGACCGUGUCGAAGACAGCACCAAGGAGAGACACGGAUAUUUAUCAGGCCUCGUAAGAUGUGACUUCUGCAAGGUCAGGUGCAUCAACAAAGUAGGGGCCAAAGCGUGUCGAACAAUUGACAAUUGUGACACCGUCACUUGCAAUUCGCCAUGUACGCAUCCUAACGAAAAUAGCACGUGCAAACGAUGCAAUGGUUACCAUGGGCUGAACAAACAGAAGAGCUGCAACACAAAAGAUUCCCAGGUCCAUGGAUGCAGUGCUUUCAGGUCAAACAUCAAAGCCACUGCCUGUAUCGAGAUGUGCUCGUGGCGUCCGACAAGCACGCCCUGCUGGCCGGGAGAAUGUGGACCUGAAGGCUACAAAACCAGCUGUACUUGUCAAUCUUGGUUCAAGGGGAAGGAUUGCCUAACAAUUACCCAACCUCCGGAGAUAAAGGACGCGCAUAUCAAACUCGCUAUAUGUACAGGUGCAAGUGCGCGUCCUCAGGUUCAGAACAAUCCGAACGAACUCGACAAACCCAACAAAACGUUCUGGACUAGUAGUAAAGAUAUUACGCACAUCAACAUCAGAUCUACUGCUGAAUGGAAGCCAGGUUUGUUAUCGAUGCCGAAGUAUGUCAGCAAGACGAAAACGCAUGUCGGUAUACAGAAAGCAACCGUGAAACUGAUUUCUCGAAGAGCAAAUGGCAACGAGCGAAUAGAGCACUUCCCUUUCUGCGGUGGGACCUCGCUCGCCGAUGCUCCAGAGAGAACGAAACCUGUCCUUUGUGAAGUCAAGGAGUCACACCUUAACAACGCAACCCUAAAUCAUAUCAUAGAACAUAGGGCAAGCCUCUUCGUGCAGAUACACUUUACUGCUGGCGGUUUUGUGACUGUUAUGAACCUAGAUGACGAUAUGAAGAAUGCGGAAUCUAUUCGAAACUUCCAAACGGCAGCCUCAGUCUACCAAACCACCUUCAAAUGGGAUCUGGAGAAACCCUACAGCAAAAGCGAUGACUUCCUUCGUUUGUCAAUUGAAAAAGCUAAGUCGAACAUCACGGCACAAAACAUCACGGCUUCCUGGCUGGGCUGGCAGGAUGAUGACACCGACGUGCACGCCAAUGUUACCGUUAUCGUAAACCUUCUUGAAGCUCGUGGAGAGGUGCUACAUGAUCAUUGUGGCGGGGAAAGAAAUACGAUUCCUUUCGCUAAUGGAUCCACAGUGGUGCCAGCAGUGACAACACCUGGUGUAUAUUCUGUAAUCCUAACCGUGUCUGACAAUGCUAAUCCUGGUAAUCAGGAACAAGCUAGACGUUUUUUUACCUUCGAUCCGGAUUCAAAACUUGAAGUCAAUGCCAACACGUUCGCUAAAUUCAGUAGUGCUGCCAGCAACACGAGCCUUGAUGAUCAGUGGCAACAUAACACGGACAUGCCUGUGGUAUAUACCUUCAGCAGGGAUCGAUUCAUCAAUCAUAACCAUACAACAGGGAAGUACCUUGGUGCUAUCAGCAAGUGUUCCUUAGUGAAAGACAAGUAUGAUGACAAUGAUGGAUUGAGGAACACUUCUGCAAUCCUGAACAACGAAGGCGUGGUUAAGAUGGAAAUAGGAUACAUCAAACACCGAUAUCCCAAAAGACCUAGCACUUUAAACAUCACGUUAAAACCCAUUGAUAUCUUUUCGACAACCGCCACCUUCAACAUUCCAAAGAUGGAAGACGGAGACACUAUCGAAGUAAUCCAUAGGGUGACGGACUACAUGGACAGGACCUUCAACGAGAGCAAAAAGUUGCGGAUAGACUCUAGUCCUGCUGUGAUCGCAGACAUUGCGUUGACGAGGGAUGGCAUAAAAAGUCUCGUAGUUCACAACUCAGUCCAGCUCCGUACCAUGACGUUCGAAUGGUUAGCCUUUGAUUAUGAUACUGGUGUGAAACAGAUCGAAUGGACGAUCUAUGAUAAUCACACCGACCUCAUGAGUGUCAUCAAUCACGGACAUCAGAAAAUUGGGCAUCAGGGUAAUUAUGAGGACCUUGCAGCCUGUAAGGAGAGGCACAGUACGGCCCCAUACGGCGCAGAUUGCUACUGCACGACAUACCACGGAUGCUUCCACAGACAUUUCCGAAUGAAUCCUCAAGUUUCUGAUGGGAAUGGACUUCAUCCGCAAAGAAAGGAAGCACCACAUGAUGCCGAUAUCUACAUUAACAUAACAGUGAUCAACUCGGCCAACUUGAAAUCAACUCUUAUCAAAAAGAUCACAGUUGAUACGUCUCCUCCGAGAUCAGGAAUAAUCCACGAUGGCCUUCCAGGUGCAGGCAAUCCUGAACUUGACUACAAAAAUGACAGAAACCUUGCAGCAUACUGGGAUGGCUUCUUUGACCACGAGAGUGGAAUUAUCUACUACCAGUACUCCUGGGGAACUUCCUGCCUUAGGGCAGAUAGAUUUGGGGUCAUCGAUGGCAGGUCAAAGGUUACGAACACGACCGAAGCUACGGCACGAUGGACGGCGCCGGCGCCGGGGAAGUAUUACAUCACAGUGGUUGCCUUCAAUGGUGCUUUGGAUCAUUCAGAACCCGCCUGUUCUAACGGCGUUACGGUAGAUGAGACAGGCCCAGUCAUGGGGGGACUCACCAUUGAAAACACUGUAACAAAGCCAGGCCUGGGGAAGCAGGGUAGAAAGGUGUAUUAUGUUAGAACAGACAGAAGAAAAGUGGAGAUUAGAAGCCCAUCUCAAAUAUGCAUCGAUAAGGCAACAGAAACAACUGACCUCACAAUAUAUACGGAUGCAACGUUUCCUAACGGGACACUGAGAACUACAUCGACGACAUUUUGUGAGAGUAAGAAAGCGCUGUCACUUGCAGCCUUCACCCCUCUUACGGUAGAAUCGUAUUUCUCCGCAAAUUGGACUGCACACGACCGUGAGAGUGGAAUUGAAAGUUAUGAGAUUGGUUUGAUGAGUAACACGGGCGCAAUGGCCGCCCCAGACAUCAUGGCGUACACACGAACCGACCACGGCAGCCUUGGCCACUUCAAGCGGUACCACCCCGGCCUCACAGCUGGCAGAGUGUUUUAUGUUGGAUUGAGAUCUUACAAUAAGGCGUCCUUGAAAACAGAGCAGAUCUUCGGCCCAUUCGUUGUUGAAGUGACUCCACCAACCUUCACUGGAAAGUCUGGCAUCGAGACCCAUGCCAAAGAUGGUGAACUCGUGGCUACGUGGCCGGCGAAUGGUUUUGUCGACGGCGAAUCUGCUGACCCUUUCGACUAUAAAUUUGCUGUUGGCACUACGUCAGGUGGAACAGAUGUUGUCUCAUGGUCACCUAUCACGCCGGGAGCAGACUGUCAGGCAGCGUCGCCUCCUACCCCAAGCUGUACCCAUAUCCCCAUGAAGGCUAGGCGCCUUCACCCAGGCGAUACGUACUAUAUUUCAAUCAGGGCCACCAACUAUGUCGGGCUAUUCGUGGUGGUGACGUCCGUUGCCGUCAAACAUUAUGCCGAUUCACCUGCAAAGGGAUAUGUUCGAGAUGUUGCACCCACUGACGAACGGCCAAUAGUUCACUUUGGGGAACACAAUGACAUCGGUUACCAGACCAACAAGGACUCCCUCGAGGUCGCGUGGGAUGGGUUUGAGAGACCUUACCAUACAACUCAAUAUAGUGUAGGGGUAGGGACGACACCCGGAGGUACGGAUGUUGUUGCACGGAAAAUAGUGACAGGCUCCAGUUACAAAUUCGAAGGUCUCCUCUUGGUGGCAUUCAAAACCUACUACACCACAGUAUGGGCUAAGAAUCCUAAUGGCGAGGUUAAUGUCACAUCUGACGGCGUCAGAAUAUUGGAUGCGAAAGCGACACUUAACACCAAGGUAUAUGACGGCCCGAGACCAAGUCUGAAUGAAAGUGGUGCAGCUGAUAUUGACUAUCAAGCCUCCGCAUCGUUCAUCUCCGCCCAUUGGUCCCUCCCCAAGAAUGUGACAGAUUACGUCAGCCACGUGCUCUGGAAAGUAGAGGAACAGGAUGACGUCAUUGACUCCACGUCGUGGAAAAUCUUCCAACCAUUCCUUGAACUGAAACUGGCUGACCAUGUUGAUUCGCUAAACGCUGGUUUGGUAUGCGGGAAGCGUUACCGGUCCGUACUGAGGGCCUGUUAUGACAGUGUCUGCUUCAAUGACGACUUAAGCGAUGGUUUUCUCGUUUCAUGCAAAGUUCCAGCCGCUGGUGCAAUGUCCAUAAAGUUGCAGGAACCGAAAACAAUCGAAGUGGAGUUUGACAGGUUUCGUGACCAGGAUAUCCCAGAUAUAUACAUUGACCUGUCUCGCUCAGUGGUUGAGGAUUACCUGUGGGCAUUGAAAACCAAUGCUGAACCCGGGCAGCACAUCGUAUCCUGGACGAAAGCAAAUGUGAACUUAACCAAUGAAAAGGGUGCAUUUUCUGUGGUCUUGGACAAGCCGUUGGCUUUCAAGGAAUGUUAUCGAUUUUUGCUUCGAGGCAUCUCCAAGUCUGGUCUCAGUACCACCAUAUCAAAGGAAAUAAAGUCAUGCGAUGCCAUUAAACCAUUCGAACCAACUGUCAUUGAUGCCGUGGGCCUCCCAAUGAUAGAUGAAGCAACUAAGACACCUGUACCAGGAAAGGGUCUACCAAUCUUCAAGAAGCAAAAUGAUGCUUGGUUAAUACCCGACAGAGACUAUACACCAUAUAUCAACAUUCUGUCUGCAACAUGGCCCAGCCUCCGACACAGGAAGUACAAAUAUUCAGUUAUUGAGGAUGAAACUAUGGAUGCUAUUGCGCACUUCAAGACCGGAGAAAUUAUUUUCGAAGAUCCUUGUUCCUUGCCCACGAAAAUCAAAUGUGGAUUCACUGAAAAUGAGUAUGUCAAUGUUGAAUUUGAAACUGGGACAUUGCUGCAUGGUAAGCGGUAUUACAUCUGUAUCCAUGCUGACGCCGUUGUCAAGAAACAUGAGAAGUGGACUGAGACGCUGGCAGAGGUCAAUAACUGUAGCGACGGGAUCACUAUUGACCUUACUGCGCCCAAGCCGGGAGAAGUUUGGAUUGGAGCAAAUAAGGAAGAAGCAUUUCUGACAUCGCGAACAGAAAUGUAUAUCAACUGGUCUGGAUUUGUUGAUGUCGAGGAGCUUGGGAAAUCACCCUAUGCAUCAGGGAUAAAGCAAUAUGAAUACGGAGUGGGUUCCCUGCCAGGGAAAGAUGAUGUUGUUAAGUUCACGAAUAUCGGGAUGACGAACCACCAUCUAUUGCAUGGACUUAACCUCGAAGACGGUCACGCCUAUUACGUAACAAUUCGAGGAACUGACCACGUUAAUCAGACAGCAACGGCGACCAGUGCUGCUGCUACAGUUGACACAACCCCUCCUCUCAAAACAAAUAUCAGUAUGCAGCACCACCACUCAACAAAUGGAGUCGUCUCGGCAAGUUGGGAGGAUAUCUUCUAUGACAAAGAGACAGUGAUAUCCUAUUAUGAAUGUUCAGUUGGAUCACAACCAGGUUACGCUGACAUCAUGCCUCCGACAAGGACCACUCAGACAUUUGGAACUUCCAUUAGCAAGCUUGAUAUGCAGGAGGGCCACGUGUAUUGGUUGUCUGUCAAGGCGCAUAACAAAGCAGGCCUUUCUUCUCUUGCCACGGGUUGGCCAUUUUUAUGUGACUACUCCCCACCUGUCUGUGGAUUCGUACACGACGGGAUACGAGGCAGCGCCACAGCAGACCGCAAGGCCCGAAACUAUCAAGAAGAUGAUGGUCAUAUAUGGGCUCACUGGGAAUUCAGUGACCCGCAUUCUGGCAUAGUCUCCUACAGUUGGUCGGUAGGUAGUUGUGCUGGCUGUGGAGACGUUUUCAAGGACCAUCCCGUAGGAACGAACACAGAUGCUGUAGCAGACAAAUUUGGGGUAGCGUUGCGUCAAGGUCUGACCUAUUACGUCACAGUCACUGCAUGCAAUGGCGUAGGGUUGUGCUCCAGUGCCUCGUCAGAUGGUGUCCUGAUAGAUAGUUCGCCACCUAUUAGCGGAUUGGUACACGAUGGUGUUGGCCUCUUUGAUAUUGAUUACCAGAAUUCAAGAGCUUCUGUCGGAGCUAAAUGGUGGGGUUUCAUUGAUCCCCAGAGCGGUAUCUCAUACUACAGUUGGUGGGUUGGCACAACCCCUGGUGGCGAUGAUAUCAUGAAGGAAGAACGCCUUCACCACACAGAGAUGGCGUUCAGGUUAAGCUUACCUGGUGGCGUCAUGCUGACCCCAGACAGAGUCAUCUAUACCACGGUAAAAGCCACUAAUCCACUGGGUCUAUCAAAUACUGCAACAUCUGAUGGCUUUAAAGUGGUGACACAAGUCCCAAAGGUGACACCGCCCACUCAUAUUGGAACCAAGGGAUCGAUCUACAGAAAUACUCAAGUAUUCAGCACAGUGAUGGGAUUCUCGUGGACGGUUGAAAGUACUGGUGCCCCGAUAAAGUCACAGCAUUUCCAUUUGUGGGCGGAUGUAUAUCACAGGAAGGACAUGCCAACUGUUAAGUUAGGGAGCACAGUCAGCUACUACUACGCUACUAACGUGAAACUGUACGAUGGAACCUGGUACUCUGCUUCUGUUACUGCCUGUAAUCUUGCGGAACUUUGUGCAACAAGCAAAAGCGAAAAGAUUCUUGUUGACAACUCGCCGCCUUUGACUGGGAUGUUUGCCAUAGACACAGCGCAUGCACCACAACUCAAGCGUGAAGAACAAGGUCAUUGGAACUGGACAUCAAACUCAUUAACCUUGGCCGUACUUGGAUUUACCGAUCUCCAUUCUGGAAUCAAAUAUUAUGACGUCAGUGUUGGGACGACGUACGGAGGAAAUGAUUUAACGAAAGGAAAAUCUGUUCGUUUUAACCACGGUCCAUCCCCAUGGUUAAGGCAACACGAAGGAUCUAUUCAGAGAAUGGUACUUAAAGAUGACAAAUUUGCCAACAAUCUGAAAGCCGAAAUGGACGUCUAUAUAUCUGUUGUUGGCAUUAACGGGGUGGGCCUGUCGAGUGCUGUUUUACAGAAAAAAUUUAGGCUGCUGAGUGGUGGAGGUGUGGCCUUAAGGAGACGAUGUGAACGCGAAUUGUGUGAAGGUCAUUGCAUAUGUUCGCCACAAAAUGCUCGAUGUGGAAGGUCAAUGAACAAUUGCCCAAGUAAAUCACCAGAUGGACUCAAACUAGCCGUUUACGACAUCAUCGAUAUACGGGAAAAUGUAUCGCCAUUGGACUCCGAUUACAGUCCUUCGACCUGCAUGCUGGCAGCAGAGUGGCGGGUCGACCCUACGUCCACGGUCAAACCCAUCGGUUAUGACUAUGCUGUUGGUUUCACAUCAGAAGACGAGCCAACUGGUUUAACGUCGAAGGAUAACAUCAUCUGGCGUUAUGUGGGCCUCAGUCUCAGAGCAAUAGACACUAGAGCAUGGCACAAUAACUACCUGCUUGAAACUAGUAAGUACAGUGUCUUUGUUAGAGCAUGGACCAACCGGACGGAGAAUAAGAUAUUCAAGUCAAAUGGAGUAUGGCCAGUCUUUCGACCCCCAAGCCUGUCGAAGAAAAUGGCGGCCACGGUAAAGGACUGUCAGAUCGGUGAUCAAAAGAAAGGCACAGCCCAAGCCAAGGAUGUUGAUUUCUACAGCAGUAACGAUAGAUUCUGUGUCUCUUGGAAGAAUGCCUUUCAGGACAGAAGCGAUAACUUUUUUGACAAAUAUUACGUAUCUCUUGGCACUUAUCCUAGUGGUGAAGAUGUUCUUGGGUUCCAGCAACAAUCCGCCAGCUCGUCACAUGCUGAAUUUACCAGGUCGAAGAUCAUCCCGGGAAAGAGAUACUACAACAAUGUUAGGGCUUGCAACAAGGCCGGUCUCUGCAGUGAGCGGUAUUCUGACGGAGUUAUCGCAGAUGUGCAUCCACCUGUGGGCGGCAUAGUCUCUGAUGGACUUGGGCUGCACGAUGAGGAGUACCAUAACCGAACUAACCUUGUAGCAGCCCAUUGGAAGGAUUUUGUAGAUCUUGGCUCCGGCAUUUCCCACUACUGGUGGUGCGCGGGUAAAACACCAGCGGCUAAUGAUUGCGAUGUGAUGGGCUGGAUGAAUGUUGGACUCAAGACCCGGGCAAGCCGGCUCGUUAAGUCCGCUUUAACACCAGGUGGUAAGGUCUACAACAAGGUGUAUGCAGUGGAUGGUGUAGGACAUCGAUCGGGUGUUGUUGUGUCUAAUGGCGUCAUGUUAGACACGACACCACCGACCAUUCUUACCAAGCUCAGAUUUGGCGACAACAUUGUCACCAACCCCUCCUUCGAGGCUGGUCCCGGCAUCAAAAUGGCAGCUGCCACAUCGUUGAACAAACCGAUUAACUUUACGACACCCACUGGAUGGAUGAACAAGAACAGGGGGAAAAGCGCCAUGAUAACUGUUGAUGACGCACCGCUUGCAAAGCAUGGCCGCCAUUUUCUUUUUCUCUAUGGAUCUCUUUACCAAACGCUGCAAGAGUUGGUUAUCGGAGAAAAGUACAUUUUAGUGUUUUACACCAGUCAUAUUCAGCCAUCACAUUCGCCAGGUCCAACCAAAGGUCAGGUCAGCUUACCUGAUGGAAAUGUGUACGUCUUCAGCCAGACAAAUAGGACCCACCGCCAUGACGUUAUUGGCAAUACUCAUCAGACAUCAUGGAAUAAACAAGUCUUCUAUUUCUACGCUAAGUCUCCAUCCGGUGACGUCGUGAUAUCAUCCAAUGACACCAAAAACGGAUUUGCGAUUGAUGACGUCAGUGUACAAAAAAUCCAAGAUGGCGCUGCCCCAUCGACAGACGAAUACAUUAAGAAGGAUUUUAAGACUCCGAUGCUAUUUACUGUCGAAGAGGAUAUUCUAACAGUUGCCUGGGAUUUCGAAGACAAAGAAAGUCCGAUUGUUGAGUAUAAGCUGGCACUCGGUACACGAAAGGGCGACGCACGACUAUAUGGUUACGAGACUGUUGGCCAAAACAAGUUUGCCAAGAUUUACGUGAAGCUGGUCCAUGACACUAGUGUCUAUGUCACGGUUAUAGCCAGGAAUGCUGCAGGUCUCCGGAGGAUUCUCCUCUCGGAUGCAAUCAAGGCCGACAAGACCCCACCUGUCUUCGAGUACCUAUGGGAUGGAGAUGAAGAUGGAGAUGCGUUUUUCCAAGAUUCCUCGACAGUCAAAGCCCAGUGGAGUGUGAGUGAUCCGGAGUCCGGCAUUCAAUACUGUCAGUAUGCAAUAGGCUCAACCCCAGGUGCGCUUGAUAUCACACCGUUUACCUCGGUUGAAAAUGAUGAUCGGAAAAUAUCCCAUGCUUUAAAUCAGUCGUCGAUGCCUGGACGAAUCUACACUACAGUCCGAUGUCACAACUUUGCUGGUGGUACUACAACAAUGACAACAAAUGGAGUUGGUUUUGUGCAGUCCAAGCCGAGCAGUACGAACGCCUGGGUUCGAAUUUCGACCGGUUCUGAAACAGUCUACCCCAACCAUUGGAGCGCUGUUAAAACAUUCCAGAGCCAAACUGAAGAAAUGUUUCUCCAUUGGGAUGGAUUUAGUGACCCCAAUGGAAUAAGGUCUUAUGAGGUGAAUAUCCGUAACGUUGGGAAGACUGGCCCAAUUUGGGAUAAGUGGAUUGACGUCCCCAGUACUAUGACCUACAUGAGGGCAUACAACCUCGGCCUGAAGAAUGGUGGGACAUAUAAGGUUGCCGUACGCGCUGUGAAUGUUGUUGAUAAGAGGUCCGAGGAAGUUGGCACAAAGGUCAUGGUCACGAGUGACCCUCCAAAAGUUAAUAACGGAAAGGUACCAGAGUUGCUGUGGAGCGACCGAGGCAAGUCUUUCACUAUGGACUGGCGGAGCGUGUUCCCACAGGAAGCUGUUUUUUCCUUCGUAGUCUGCUUUGGAACGGUCCGUGGAGGUGCAGACAUCAAGAAAUGGCAAGAGACGACAUCGACCAACAUGACAUUUAGGUUAGAACCAGACCUCCAGACGAUAAGCACAUUCUACACUGCCAUCACAGCAGUUAAUUCGGCAGGGCUGUACACAGUAUUUGUACACACCAUUCAAAAGAGCGAAAUAAAACAAAAACCUUAAUCCAAUUUGAUUUGAUUUAUAAUUGCACCUAAAAUACGAAUAGACCAUUUCUAGGACAUUUUUUGCAAAUUCCGUAAGUUUUAUUUUCACUGUUAGGAAAAGAAAUGAAAUAACAUAUUAAAUGAUUUACAGCUCUAUGUCAGUUCUUGCCCUUGAUUCUCAUCUGUUUUGGCAAUGAUAAGGGCACGGUUAUUGGAAUAUUAUCUGAGGAGAUAAAACUCGGCGCGUGUGCAUUUGGCCAGCGGAGAUGCAGUUAAAUCGCCGAGUCUCUGCAUGGCCGGGGUCGUUCUUACUUGCACCAGAUUACCUUAUCUGCAAGAACAUCUGGUACAAUAUUCCCCUUGUGUAUAACUGGCGAAUUAUUUAUGUAAUCAAGGUAACGUUUUUUUCAUAGCGUUCUGGCCAAAGGUACUCAGACAGUUGAACACAGGAAUGUGACCAGAUCACAUUAGCCAAACCAAUGCUCUUUCACACUGUUAGCUAUAUUAAGCCGGUCAACUUGGACAGGGCUGUGUAAGUUUACUAUUUGUGAUCACACUAUUGGAGUCUGAUGACACGAGAUCAGCCAUUCAGUACCUUUGGCCAGAUCUAUCGGGAAAACCCCACUUUAAUUGGCGUGUAAGACGCUCUUUUAUUACACUGUAUCUUAAAGGCCAGAAGCCCCACGCUCAGAUUUACCCGGGUAUGGCAAUUAUCUCAAGGUGUGACGUAGCACAGCAGGCCAGUCCCACUUGUCCUAGUUCUCUGUGCUAUGAAUACAUUACACCUAUUACUCACUGAAAUAACCUCAGUGUAAGAGAUCAUGUGACUGACUCAUCUGUCAGUUGACUAUCCAAAUAUGGCAGACUCCUCCCUCAUCUGUCCAUCAACCUGAUGUACUAACGGUCAUUACAGAUAAAAAUGUUUUAAUAUCUCAUCAACUAUACCAAAGGGAGGGCUGUAUUUUGACAGACAUGCAGAUUAGAUAUUCAUGAGUUUGGUAGACAAGUCUGAAGGAACACUUUGGACUGGUGCCAGAGAUAUCUGUGAGAUUGUUGGAGAAAGUGUCGGAGGUUUGAAUGCCCCGGUUAUUGGUCACGUGACUGGAUGUCAGCCAUUAGGAGCUCCUUUUAUAGCGGCUUCUGGCCUUUAAAUUAAUACAAGAUAAGCUGUAGUGUUAGAAAUUCAAUAAACAACGUAAGUGGUAUCAGUAUUCAAGUUACCUUCUCUGGUAAAGUAGGCGCUUCUUGAAAACAAAAUAGAGAAAAGUAGAAAAAGCUUCUUUAUAUCUAUAGCUUGCAUUAUAUCAAGAAUUGGUUAUAAAGACGACAUGUGGAAGCAAUAUACAGCAAUUCGUCUAGUUUAAGGUUCCGAAUUCUGACUAUUGAGUUGUUUAAGUCUUCCUUUAUUAUUAGAUUAUGUAAUAAUGUAAAUUUAGGCUACGGCAUUUUACAAUGUGUGCUUGUGCACGCUCGGUAGAUGGCAAUAUGGAGGCAAUAUAGAGAAGUACAUGUAGUGCGUACUUUUUGAUGCGCGUCAAGGUAAUGUGGGCAAAGUUUUCGUGAGAGGCUUCAAAGUUUGUUCACGUACGCAGGGCCCCCUCACGAUGUUUUUGUGGUGAUCUGUCUGUGUCUAACCCCCAGAGGAAAAUUGAGAUGAUCACUAAGAUAUGAACGAGUGUAUGUAUCGCACUAUGCAUCCCGGUACCUAUGUGUCCCGGUACCUAUGUUUCCCCAUAUUAAAGGGGUACCUAUGUGUCCCGGUAUCCAUGUGUCCCGGUACCUAUGUGUCCCGGUACCUAUGUUUCCCAGUACCUAUGUGUCCCGGGCAGUAGAAAUGCGAUUUUAGGAUCAGGCCGAUAGUCAUGAUAAAGUCAUGAUAGUCGGCUUCAUAAGUAAUGUCACUGGCCUUUUUGGUUACUUGAAUAAAAACGAUGGUUUUUCCUCAAUCUAAUUUUGGACCCAACACAAUUUCAAGGUAGGUCUGAGAGAUUUGGAAGACAAGUGAAUUUGGUUUUGUUCCUUGAGGCCCUUUGAUUUUUUGGGGUCAGGGCUGGGGCACUUAACUUAUGACGGCGACUAUCACGACUAUAUCCUUUUGAUACCCCUUCGUCCUUACAAAGAGCCGGAACAUAUCGACAACCACUGGUGCCGAGGAUGUCAUGACAAUAGGCCUAGUCCUAGCUAAAAUCACGUUUCUUGUACUGACCGGGACACAUAGGUACCGGGAAACAUAGGUACCGGGACACAUAGGUACUGGGACAUAUAGGUACCGGGACACAUAGGUACCGGGACAUAUAGGUACCGGGACACAUAGGUAUGACCCUCAGUAAAAGUUAAAUUCAUCAGGUACAGUGGGAAAAGUUGUUCCAAUCUGAUACAUGUAUAUGCACUCUUCCUAAAUCUAUCAUCAGAACCUUCCCUAAGCCGUCCUGAGUGAUCUAGGCGAGGGAAAUGGUUACAUUAUGGAGCUGUAGUUCAUUUUCAGUGAAUGCAUUAGGCACAUGCACUAGUUCUCUAUUGUGAUUAAAUAGAGCGUGUAUAUCAAGUUAAAUGAUCAUGUUGAGUGAUUCAAUAAUAAUGUUGUGC